AUGGAUACCCACGAUGUUCCCGCUACGCAGACCGUCAUCCUCCAACAGGAGGGCGGGGUCCUUCAAAUUACGCCGGAGUCACCCAUUCCAAAACUCAGUCCUCACCAGAUGCUCGUGUGUACCGCAUCCGUGGCUCUUAACCCUUGUGACUUUAAGAUGCCUCUCCGAUUUCCAACUCGGGGUCUCUGGGAUGGCUGUGACUUCGCCGGUACAGUCGUUGCACUAGGCAGUGAAGCAGUUUCAGAAGGACGAUUUUGCCUUGGAGAUCGAGUUUUUGGUGCAGUACAAGGCUCAAACCAAUCUGAUCCUCAGUCCGGGGCAUACUCUGAGUACAUUCGGGCGGAACCAGAUUUUACUUUCCAUGUACCGAAGGGGACCCCGCUCACAAUCGCGCCGGCUCUGUCGUGCACGGGUAUUGCUACUCUUGGAGUUGCGUUAUUUUGGUCCCUUCAGCUGCCAGGAAAUUUGACUGAGCCUUCAGCCAAGUCUGAAGACGUUUUGGUAUAUGGAGGAAGCUCUACCAUCGGGCUGCUGGCCAUUCAAAUGCUGAAGCUGUGUGGCCAUCGGGUGAUCACGACGUGCUCACCUCACAAUUUUGGGCUGGUGAAAUCCUAUGGUGCCGAUCUAGUGUUCGACUACAAAUCCACUACAUGUGCGCGAGACAUUCGCACGGCUACUAAGAAUGCACUCCGUUAUGUCCUUGAUCCGUUUGCAGAAACGAGAACACUCCGGUUGUGUCAGGAAGCUAUUGGCAGAACGGGUGGAAGAUAUUGCGCGCUGGAGCAGUACAAUGAGGUGCUGAUUUCACGAAAGACCGUCCAACAUGAGUUGGUCAUGGGAGGCGCCAUUUCCGGUAAAGGUGUGGAACUGCCUGAGCCUUACGGGAUUCCGCCCAGGCCAGAAAUUGCAGCGUGGGCGCGUCCCUGGUACCGAGCGCUUCAAAUUUUGAUUGACGCAGGCAAGCUCAGACCAAGCCCUGUUGAAGUAAUCCCUGGGCGUUUUGAUGGAAUUCUACAAGGCCUAGAGAUGCUUAAGAGAGGAGAUGUGUCGGGGAAAAAGUUGAUUGUCUCGCUACAGGAAAGUGCAUGA